AGGGAACAUAUCCAUCUUCCUGAAGGCUAUUCACCUGCGUGUAUGAGCCUCUCAUGUAUUGCAUGCAGAAUAUGUAUUUGGGGUUGUUUACGUUGACAGUAGAUACUGUUUGGUUUAUUUAGAUAAACAAACCCAUAAAAUUACCUGUUUUCAGAUAGAAGUCGGAUGCGGACGUUUACGAAGCAAGCAAAAAAAUACGUUGUGGUGUUUGGUAAAAUGUAUUGAAUGCAUUGUAAUAUUGGACUGCACGAUUAAACACGUAUGUAAACAGGAGGGCUCGAUUCCCACAUUAUGUUUUAACGGUACAGGCCAUGCUUUUUAAAUGAAAUAAAUAAGAGCCUGCAACUAUAGCAUAUUUAAACAUACAUUAUUACUGUAUAUCAAUAAAUAAACCGCUACCGGUAGAUUUACUGUUUGAAUGAAUGAACUGCAAAGGCAAUAUAUUACUGAUAACUAAUAAUGCUGUAUGCUGCUGCUCUUGCAGCAGGCUCCACGGUGCAGACAGAGUACACUUGUUGCUAGACAAAAUGUGCUUUGCGGUAAGGAAUGCUCUUUGGAGUCAUACAUUAACUGCGCAUGGAAAUGGGUUUGGCCAUUGUCAUUUCCGUUCUACUAUUUACUAUUCCACUUCUUGUCAAAUGAGAACGGCUCUUUGCACAAUAAAAAAAUCGAAAGACUUGCGUCAUUUAUAGUUCUGUUUUGAGCCUCGAAAUCCGGCUCCGGCAUAUGCAAACAAUAUUCUGAUGUCACCGGUAGCGUUCGUUGUCGUUAGGGUUGCCUGCAUGUCAGGUCACAGAGAUCCUUUAGUAGUAUUGUAGUAUCUUUGCACAGAGCGACGUUAUUGGAACAAUCCUGUGGAAACAUGUAACUAGGUGGCAUUUUGAGCCAUUCUGGAAUUGUUCUCAUGCAUUCUAGAAUUAUUCAAGUUUAAAAUCCAUUCCAGAAUGGUUUGACCCAUUUUGUGUUUCUCAUUUGGCUGAGGGAACUACACUGUUUUUUGCCUCCAAAUGACUCCAACCCUGUAUAUGGGUAUCUAAAACACAGGGUGUUGCCUCAUUUGUAAAUUAUUUUAUUUGGUGUAAAUACUGACUGGUGCUCUUUGCCUUCCUGUUUCAGGUCAGACAGGGGGUUCUGCAGUUGGACUGGCAACAGGCAGGUGACAGGGAGGCCCCAUUGGCUCUUUCAGGAUCUUGAGUCUUGACGGAGGCAGGUGGCGGCUCCUGCAGUCCACGCGUAGCAUGAGUGGGGCAGUGAUGACAGCAGCAGAAAUCGAAAAUCCAUGCCUACAAAAAAAGCGAUAGUUCUGAGAACAUGGAAUGCAAAGGUUUCCAUCACCUCUGUGGAGUAAAGAUCUGAGGACCAAAAGCAUACUUGGAGUUGUUGCAACACCCAAAACAAAACAAAAAGUUUCAAAUGGGAUCAAAUCCACAAACCCCCAAAUUUCUGAAAUCAUUUUAAACUAAGGGCAGACAUCCAGCUACUCUUCAGAUCUACGUAGGGCAAACCCAAGAGCCAUUCCAAAAUGAGAAUCAGUUUCUGCCAAGGCCUGUUAACAGGCGCCAUAGCCCUUAACCUGCUGAUUCUUUACUACGUCUCAAGGGCGCAGCAGCAGAUGAUGGAGAAACGUCGUGAACCAGGCAAGGGGGCACCUAAGAGGGCUUCCCUACCCCUCCCUGGCAUCGGCAUUGGCAGCAGCAGAGGUCCAGGCCUCACCAUACUGGUACGGGAGUUCGAGGAUUUUGAAAACUACGUUGCAGAUGUGGCUCACUCCUUCUUGAAGAUCAGGCCCGAGCUGCCGUUUGUGGUGGUGGCAGACACGCUCCCCUACCCGCCGCUUGCCUUGCCAGAUGGGGUCCGAUUGGUGGUUCUGAAGCCCGCUCCAGAUCAGCCUCCGCAAGUUUCCCGGCCAGAGCUCUACAUCCAGACGGAAUAUGUCCUUGUGGUCCCAGACGGGGUGGAGCUGGAUCUGGGACGACAGCUGGACAGGCUGCUGAAGGAGUUGGAAGGAGAGGGGGGGGGUCCAGUUCGCUUAGUAGCCGCCCCCGUGUUAACACGCUCUGCGGUCCAGUGCCUUCACCUGAGGGUCAGCCUCCGAGAGUGGACGGCUACCUACACUCCAGCGGCUUCCGGGAGCAGCGGCAGCGUCUGCACCGCUUUACGAGGGGAUGCGGUCAUCCUAAUCCGGACCGAGGACCUCUUUAAUCUCUCGACCCCGCUUUCCAAGCCUCUGAUGACCUCCCUCUUUAUUCAGACCUCCUUGAGGGGAUGGAAAGUCAAACUCCUGGAAGGGCCGGCCUUUGGCUCCAACCGACGGCCCUUGUUCGGCUCAGCCCACAACCAGUGGAAGGCGGACAGCCGCCUGAAGGAAUCGACUGCUCGGCUGUUCAAGGAAUUCGGGAUCAAGCGCGUCAUUCAAGCAGAAGGGAAAGACCAGUGGUACGGAUGCAGGAAAGAGACGGCAAGGUGUUUCGGAACGGUUCUAGACGACACUCCGGAUUAUCUCUACCUAGAUCGCUGGACUCCUCCUUGCUGUCUUCGUGCUCUUCGAGAAACUACCAAAUACGUGAUCAAUAUCCUAGAGACUUCCGGCGUCCGGUACUGGCUGGAAGGGGGCACCCUUUUGGGAGCAGCCCGCCACCAAGACAUCAUUCCUUGGGACUACGAUGUAGAUUUGGGGAUCUAUAUGGAAGAUGUUCCCAACUGUGACUACCUAAAGAGCCUGGAUUCCGGUUCCUUGACGGACGCCAAUGGCUACGUGUGGGAGAGAGCCGUUGAAGGCAAUUUCUACCGUGUCCAGUACAGCGAGGCCAAUCACCUUCAUGUGGACCUUUGGCCCUUCUACUCCCGCAACGGCGUGAUGACCAAGGACAGCUGGAUGGAUCACAAGCAGGACGUGGAGUUUCCAGAGCACUUUCUACACCCGCUCGUGCCCAUGCAGUUUGCAGGAAUCACCGCAUAUGCCCCCAACAAUCACAAAAGCUUCCUGGAGCUCAAAUUCGGAGAGGGGGUCGUGGAGAACCCCCAGUACCCCAACCCAGCCAAGAAGAGACUGGAGAAAUCCAAGCUGUGAGCCUCCAAGACCUCCGAGACGCAUUAGAACUGCUGAGGACGGGCAGGCAGUCAAAUGUCACAGCUUUUGAUUAUGAUUUAAUUCAUUUUGUUUCCGCUACAGUUUACUCCAUUAUCCAGAGCAGCUGAAACCAGGGUGUGUUCGGAUAACUCAGAUUACUGUGCCAUUCGAGGUGUUACUGUAGUCAUGUGUCCUGAACCCACCUAUGUGGCUAGAAUGUGAACAGUGUUAGCUAGGAAAAAAAGUAUUUUAACUAAGAAAAAAAGGAUUUAGAUCAUCAGUGAACAACUGUUGCAAACUGAGCAACAAUUAUUUUUACUGUUUCAAUUAGUUAUAUAUUAUUAAGGCGGUAUUUUGUUCACCGUUAUCACGAUUUCUGUUAAACGUACCCAUUGCCGUGUAAUAUGUAGUUCCCCUGUGAAAAUUCCCAUUUCUGAAAGAAUAGUGUAAAUAUUCAUAAAAUAA